AUUAAGUGAAAAAAAAGGGAAACAGGAAUAUAAAUGGACUCCAUAUUUUUAGUGGACAAAACUGGCGACCAGGAGUUGCAGAGCAAGCAAGGACCAAAUGUUUUUUAUACAAAAGAUAAAGACAGGUUCUUGCUAUCAGAUGGCGAAUCUGGGAGCAGUGAUGACGAGCAGCCAAGAGGCGAAACGGAACUCUUUGGGCUUAAGUUGAGCAGCAAAGAUAUUAGCAAUGUUGUGCAUUCUUCGUUAGCUGGGAGAAAGCCAGCCCCAUCAAAAGUGGCCCUGCACCUGGAUGCGAUAACACGGAAAGUAGAAGCGGCGGUGGAUAAUUCAAGCAAACACAAAAAAUACCCGCUGAAGCGGGGGACACAGUUGGAUUGCAGCUGUGAACCGGACGUGAGCAUUCGGUUGGAAAAUGUGGAAAAGGACAUGCUAAGGUCGAGACGAGCUUUGGAUCCAGGUCUGGAGCAGCGCAAUUCUCUGCCUACUCUCGGCAAGAGAAAGCAAGCCAUAAUGAACAGAGCGGAACGUGCAAAAACUAAAGGCAGCGGAUGGUUCGAUCUGCCAGCCACAGAAGUCACCGAAGAAAUGCGAAACGAACUAAAAAUCAUUCAGAUGCGAUCGGUCCUUAAUCCCAAGCAGUUCUACAAGAAAAACGACUUGAAAGUUCUACCCAAAUACUUCCAGAUAGGUACCGUUCAACAUUCGGCAUUAGAUCACUACAAAGAAAAGAACACUAGGAAGGCCAAGAAGUCACUUGUCGAUCAACUUCUGGAGGACGAGGCCUUCCAGAAGUUCAACAAGCGGAAGUACAAUGAGGUAAUCCAACGCACAGACAAAUACGCACAUCGAAAGACCAUGAAAAAAAUGAAGAAACUAAAGAAAAAUAAAUAAAUCAAUUGCA